AUGAACACAUCACAGGAUCCCAUAUUAUUAACCAGCAGUCAAAACAAUGUCAACUAUGAAUCAUUUAACGAGGCUAUGGGUGUCGGGCGUAACCCCAAGACACCGAGCGGUCGGAUACCUGUGCGCUAUAUUAUGGCCGCCAUUGUAUUGAUGGCCACAUUCACGACAUACAACUGUCGCUUCAAUCUAAGCAUAGCUAUUGUGGAAAUGUCUAACUAUACAGACAACAGUGCAAACAAAACCUCAUCGGGUAGUGACGUGUGCUCAGCACCGGUAGCCACCAAUCACACCAACGGAACUUCAAAAAAUCACCAAGGUAGCAACGGUGAAUUUGACUGGGACCAAAAGACACAGGGUGUAAUACUGGGCGCAUUUUUCUACGGCUACGUACUGUUCCAGGUGUUGGGCGGACGGUUGGCCGAGCUAUUUGGCGCCAAAUGGCUGUGUGCCGUGAGUCUGGCACUGAGCUCGUUGCUCAACGCGUUGACACCCAUCAUAGCCCGCGCCCGUAUCUAUUGGCUACUGUUGGCCAGUCGUGUAGUGUUGGGCGCCUUUCAGUCGGUACUGUUUCCCGCCUGCUAUGCACUGGUGGCCAAAUGGACGCCCGAACACGAGCGCAGUGUAGUUCUAUCUCUACCGUUAAUUGGCGGUAAUAUUGGCACAAUUGUCACGUCAGCCCUAACCGGGUAUCUGACCGAGGAGGGUUUUGCCGGCGGCUGGCCAUCCGUUUUUUACGUAUCAGUUCGUUACGCUAAUAUCAACAACAAUGUUAAUAGUAAAACAACGGCCAGUAAUGGUAUAGCGGGUGUACCGGCAAAACAGCGCACAUCUGUGCCGUGGCUUAAGAUAUUCACAUCAUUACCGGGUGUGUUUCUAUAUGGAUUACGUGGUGGUGGCGAUGUGCCGGUUGACGCUGACAUGACACUGCAAUACGUGGGAACAGUGUUCGCGAUCGCAAACUCCAUAGCGUUUACGUGCGGUAUAAUGACACCACUAGUAAUCGGGGUAAUAGUGGGCGACGGGACGGAACACGUGCGCCGGCAGUGGGCGUACGUGUUCUACAUGUCGGCCGCGCUUAACGUUUUUGGCGGACUUGUGUUCGUUGUGUUCGGUUCGGCUAAACAGCAGGAGUGGGACAAACAGCCCGUCAGCCAUAGUAUUGAACUUAACAAAUGA